UUUUUUUUUAAAUUGAUUUUAAUUUAGUUUUUCAAUUGAUAUAAAAGUUUUUGAAGUAAUUAGUCACUGAUCUGAUCCCAUGGAUACACGCGCUUAUCAUCAAUGAUCGGCUCGUGGUUUGAAUGUUUGGAUUCUUCAGGAAUGCUUUGAACGCCAUCAACAAGAACAUGUCGAAAGUGAGCGAUGAAUCCAUGGAUGUGUCCGUCGAUGACGGCGUCGAGAAUCACAGUCCAGACAAAGACGUGUCGGACGCGGAUGAC